AUGUCUAGAUUACAAAGAUUAACCACCUUGUCCGUUGACACUGGUAGCAACAUCAGAAGAUCUUCCAUCAUUGGUACCAUUGGUCCAAAGACCAACUCUCCAGAAGCCAUGGUCGCUUUGAGAAAGGCUGGUUUGAACAUUGUCAGAAUGAACUUCUCUCACGGUUCUUACGAAUACCACCAAAGUGUUAUUGACAACGCCAGAAAAUCUGAAGAAUUAUACCCAGGUAGACCAUUAGCUAUUGCUUUGGAUACCAAGGGUCCAGAAAUCAGAACUGGUACCACCACCAACGAUGUUGACUACCCAAUCCCACCAAACCACGAAAUGGUUUUCACCACUGAUGACAAAUACGCUAAGGCUUGUGAUGACAAAGUUAUGUACUUAGACUACAAGAACAUUACCAAGGUUAUCUCCAAGGGUAAGGUUAUCUACGUUGAUGAUGGUGUUUUAUCUUUCGAAGUUUUGGAAGUUGUUGAUGCUCAAAACUUAAAGGUUAAGUCCUUGAACGCUGGUAAGAUCUGUUCUCACAAGGGUGUUAACUUACCAGGUACCGAUGUCGAUUUACCAGCUUUAUCCGAAAAGGACAAGGCUGAUUUGAGAUUCGGUGUCAAGAAUGGUGUCCACAUGGUCUUCGCUUCUUUCAUCAGAACUGCUCAAGAUGUUUUGACCAUCAGAGAAGUCUUAGGUGAAGAUGGUAAGGACAUCAAGAUUGUUGUUAAGAUUGAAAACCAACAAGGUGUUAACAACUUCGAUGAAAUCUUAAAGGUCACUGAUGCUGUUAUGGUUGCCAGAGGUGAUUUAGGUAUUGAAAUUCCAGCUCCAGAAGUUUUGGCUGUUCAAAAGAGAUUGAUUGCUAAGUCCAACGUUGCCGGUAAGCCAGUUGUCUGUGCCACCCAAAUGUUGGAAUCUAUGACUUACAACCCAAGACCAACCAGAGCUGAAGUUUCCGAUGUUGGUAACGCUAUCUUAGAUGGUGCUGACUGUGUUAUGUUGUCCGGUGAAACCGCCAAGGGUAACUACCCAGUUAACGCUGUUACCACCAUGGCUCAAACUGCUUUGAUGGCUGAAAACGCUAUUGCUUACCAAGCUAACUACGAUGACAUGAGAAACGUUACUCCAAAACCAUUCUCUACCACUGAAACCAUUGCUGCUUCUGCUGUUGCCGCUGUCUUUGAACAAAAGGCUAAGGCUAUCAUCGUCUUAUCUACCUCUGGUAACACCCCAAGAUUGAUCUCCAAGUACAGACCAAACUGUCCAACCAUCAUGGUUACCAGAAACCCAAGAGCUGCUAGAUUCUCUCACUUAUACAGAGGUAUCUACCCAUACGUCUUCGAAGGUGCUGAAAAAGCUGACUGGACUGAAGAUGUUGAAGCUAGAUUAAACUUCGGUAUUGAACAAGGUAAGGAAGCCGGUAUGUUGAAGAAGGGUGAUGUCGUUGUCACCGUUCAAGGUUUCAAGAAGGGUACUGGUCACUCUAACACUAUGAGAUUGAUCGUUGUUUAA